UGUUAGUCUUGUUAAGUUAAUGUGCGCUUAGAUUAGAUGCAGUGUUACAUGCAUGCCCAGUUAUAACUUGUCUGAUACAUAGUUUAUUAGCUGGAAAUGUGGGAUUGCCAAGUUUUGUUCCGUAUGACCAUAUAUAGUACUUCGAGGACAUCGCUCACACGACGUAAUGGGAGUUAGCCUCAUAGCUUUCUAGAAGAGAGAAUGUAGUUGUUACCACACUUAUGAAGAUACCUUUUCAUAGUUCAAUAAGGUUUUAAGUUAUAAAGAGGUUAAUUUGUGACACGUGGAGUACCACAGAUCAUGUGCAUUGGAAUUUUAACAAAUUGUCGACCUUUACAAACCUAAACAAAUAAGAUUUGUGGCAGACAUCAACAUGGCAUCUCUAGAACAGGCACUUGAGCAAAAUUUGUUGAAGGUAACACAAACAGUGGAACAGCAGCUGGAUGUUGAGCUUGAUAGGCUGGACAAGUUACAGUCAGAUAACUUAGAAACGCUCAGGGAACAGCGACUGAGGAAAUUGAAGAAACAAGCACAACAGCAACAGGAGUGGCUAGUCUUGGGUCAUGGAGAACAUACCGAAAUUUCUGAAGAGAAGGAGUUUUUUGAAGUUACAAAGAAGUCAAAAAAUGUUGUUUGCCAUUUUUAUAGAAAUGAUUCACCUCGAUGUAGGAUAGUAGACCAUCAUUUAAAAAUCCUUUGUACAUCCCACUUAGAAGCCAGGUUUUGCAAGAUUGAUGUGGAACGAAGCCCAUUUAUCACACAACGUCUUCGCAUUAGGGUCAUACCUACAAUUGCACUUAUAAUAGAUGGCAAAGUAAAGGACUACAUAGUUGGAUUCACAGAUCUUGGGAACUGCGAUGACUUCUCAACAGAAAUGAUGGAAUGGCGGAUAGCUCAGCCAGGAGUUAUUAAGUACAAUGGUGAUCUGCAACAGCCUCCGGUUGAGACCAAACGGGCAAACAGAUUUGUUUCAGGUGAUGCUGGAAAGAAGCGGACAAUUCGUGGCAAGGAUGUUGAUUCAGAUGGAGAUGAUUUCUAACAUUCGCUUAUCUGUGUGAAACAGAGGAAACGGUAAAUCUAAUGCAAAAGUUUCUUUAUUUUAAAUACAGUAAUGAUAAUUUUUGUAAAUCCUUAUAGCUGUAUACACUUGAAAUGUACUUAGUUUUUUCUUGCCUGUUAAUGCUAAUGCCAUUAUAUACUCAUAUUGUGUAUUUUUUCUUUAAUUAUUUUUGGAUAUAUCUGUGUACUCGUGCUAUAUCUGUAAUUGGCGUCUGUGUUGUUUGCACAUAAAUAAACUUGAAUUGAAUUGAAUUUUGAUCUUCCCUGCUAAUGUUUUACAGUUCAUGACAACUUUUGUGCUAAUGUUAUGUAUGCAUUUACUUAUGCCUAAAAUUAAUAAACCAUUAAUGAGUUGCAUGUUCUACUGCCUCAUCAUCAACCAAAUUCGACAUGUUCUCAUUUCUGUAUUCUAUGAAAAGCUUAUCCUGUUCAGUUCCCAUUUUAACAGUGCAUAUAUGUAUAACAUUAUUAUUGU